AUGGCAGAACUGGACGACACAGCCAGCCCCGGCCACAACCUCCUCCGCGAGGUGGGUUCUUCCACAUCGCCGCCGGUUCCCCAGAAACCCGCGGCCAGUCUCCUCCCCAAGGCCGCCUUCCUCGCCGCCAUCGCCGUCCUCCUCCCCCUCUUCCCCUCCCAGGCGCCGGAGUUCUUCAGCGAGACCCUGCUCACCAGAAGCUGGGAGCUGAUCCACCUAGUCCUGGUCGGCAUCGCCAUCUCCUACGGCCUGUUCAGCAGCCGCAACGCAGGCGGAGCCGCAGAGAAGGAGCUCCCCUGCAAAUCCGGCGACUCUCCGCAGUCGUACGUGUCGGAGCUCCUCCAGGUUUCGCCGGUCUUCAACGACGACGACGGCGAGAUCCACGGCAGCCAUCCCCACCGGAGCAAGCUCCAGAUGUGGACCUCCCAGUACAACGGGGAGGAUUCUACAGUGCUGGUUGCAGAGGACGGCGGCCGCGGCGGCGGCGGCGCCGGCAGGCUUCUGCUUCUACCUGUCCGGAGCUUGAAAGGGGUCCCCGGCGAGAAGGCGGAGCCCGCCGGCGACGCCGUCCUCGCUUCCCCCAUUCCAUGGCGGUCGAGGUCGCAGAGGAUGGAGAUGGAGACUACUCCUCCAUUCCGACGGCCAUCUUCUUCCCCGAGGACUCUCUCGCCGUCUUCCUCUGCUUCGCUGGAGCCGAAGGCCAUCUCCGGGGAGGGCUCGUGGAAAAAGCAGAAGAAGAACUUCCACCAGCCCCCACCGCCGCCGCCGACGCCGCCUCCUCCUCCGCGUCCUUCCUUCUUCUACAAGCCUUCCUGCUGCUCCUCCGACGGCAAGGAAUCCCUCAGAGACUGCAAGGACGGAUCGAGGUCCUCCAAUGGCUGCUGGAAUGACAGGAUCCCGCUGGGGCGUUCUGUAAGAACAGUCAGACCCAAGGAGACCUUACCGGAGACGGAGACGGCGGCGGCGGAGCCGAACCCUACUCUGGCGCCGCCGGUCUCCGGCGGUUCCCCCGUCGGCGAGCACUGGCCAGAGGAGGACGAGGUGCUCGAAGGUGUCGUCGUCUCCGCCUCAGAGGAUUCAGACGGCGAUGACUCCGACCUAGCGACGCCGGAGGAGAACGAGGUAGACAAGAAAGCCGACGAGUUCAUAGCCAAGUUCAGGGAGCAGAUCAGGCUACAGAGAAUCGAGAACAUGAAGAGAUCCUCCGCCGGGAAGGGUGGCAGUGGCAGCCGGAGGAAUCCUUGA